AUGAACUCCAAGACAAAUGUAAUCAGAAAUACAGGUGUGCAUCAUAAAUUAACGCCAGACCGCAAAGGCAAAGGCAUGACGUUAGCCUGCAAAGGAUGCUGUUACCCGUUAUAUCAGCAUGAAAGUGGUAGUUCGCCUCCACACUACAUGUCUCUAAGUUUCCAAGCCUCAUGCAUCAGUUUCACUUUUGUUUUCGUAGGUCACGUUUUGAAAUAUCAUUUGCGAUUAGCAGUCAAUGAAGAGGCAACUGGUGGUAACUUAUGUGUUGGUGGUAGUGGUGGUCUAGUGCUGUUGGAGCCAUCGAUGCUCCCGUGGUAUGUUAAAUUCAUCAUUUUGUCCUUGGCUUUGUUGGGCUGUGUUUUGGCCGAUGUCUCCGAAUUGGGUGGCUACGAUUAUCAUGCUCCAGCUGCCACGGAGGUACAUGGUGAUUUUGGUGGUGAAGCUGGUUACAGCAGUUCCGUGCCUGUAGCCGCCGCUCCUGCAAACACCUACAUUCCCCCAGCUGCCUCUGCUCCAGCCAGCACUUAUAUUCCACCAGCUGCUCCCGCCCCUGCCCCAUCGGCUCCUGUCAACACCUACAUUCCUCCAGCUGCUUCUGCCCCCGCCAACACUUACAUUCCACCUGCCGCCUCUGCCCCAGCUCCAUCUGUCGAAGUUGCUGAAGAUGGCUACCGUUACAAGACUUUGCGUCGUCGUGUCUACCGUCAACGUGUUUAA